AUGCAGACUGCUUUCAUCAACGAAAGCACGGAAAUCGGCCUCAUGGAGCUCAGAUCGUGCAUUAAAGCCAUCAUCCAGGCAAGCCCUGAACUGCUCGCGAAGUCAGGCCAGGAUUACACCGUCUACGCCCACGACUACUCUGAACACGAAGCUCCGCUUGUCGGCCAAGGCAUGCUAUCCUCCAUCCUGGUGCCUUCUGCGGCUGCGCACCAACAAGACGUCAUGAUCACUGGACGGGUGUGCAAAAACUUCAUCGGUUUCAUGACAAACGGGAUCCAGGAAACAUUGGAGGUCAAGAUCAAGCUCGUGCCGCUUCCCACCGACAACAUACACCACCCGAACAGCUUCUCAGGGAGCUUCAACCCACACGCCUGGCACCCUCCUCCACAACAAUGGGCUCCGGCUCACAGUAUGUACGCUGCGUCAAUGGGUGGACACAGUCUUCAACCAAGCAGAACCAGCAGCCCUACGCCUAGCAUCAGGUCGACCAAUGAAGCUCUACAACAAGUGACCCAAGCCACUUAUUCCCGACCGGCAUCACGUACGUCCAUCAGAAGCGAGCGUCCUACACAUGGACAGCGUGGAUCGUUCGACGCUAGUUUCUCCAACCAGCAAGCCAAUGAGGAGGGGCCUACUAGGAAGCGGGUCAAAGUCACCCAGGCUGAUUGGACUGGGAAGACGGCGUUUGGAGUGCACUCUACUGCCGACUCCCUUCGCGUUGCUGCUAGCACUGCCGCCUCAAUCCGAGGCCACCGUCCUAUCGCAGUAAGACCUGGUGGUUCAAUCUCGUCGGAACCACCUGCUAGGGCACCUACUCCUCGCCCCACCAAUCCGGGCUUCUCACAACCUCGUGCUCAGCCUCAACUCGGAAGCUUUCUCCGACGCGGUUCAACUAUGGGAUCGGACGGCUUUUCGGUCCAGGCUGAUGACGUCUCUAAUAGCUCAUUCACGACUUCCCCUGCAGAUAUAGACGAACUGGGUAGAGGAGAGUUUGAGACAACCUACAAUUCAUCACCACCGAUAUUCCCCAUUCCUGACGACAUGACGGUUCUUUCGAGUCCAGAGCUGCCGGCUCUAUCUUAUACCGACCAGGGUCCGUCCGAUUCUGGGUACUUGAGCGACUGGCCGGCGGAGGUUGGAGACAUUGGAGUUUUUCCGAGCGUCGGUGAUGAGUUUCCAUGGGGGGCUCCUGCGCAGCAACAGUCCACACAACCGCAGCAGUCGGACCAACAACAGAGAGUCCCCAAUUACGACACGAACAGAGCUUGGGUGGAAGUCGAGCCAGGCCCUCGCGACAGGUUACCAACAAAGGUUGUGCCACCGCGACCCCAUUAUCGCGAACAGCGCCGGCGAGAGGCCAUGGCUCAAACAGCAGCGUCUGUAGAUGUGACCGAGCGAGCUAGCGGCGAUUCAAGCUGGACCGCGCCGACCCCAAACGCUACGGCAGAGCAUCAUCCAGGACUUGCAACUUCAAGCCUCGCUCUACCGAAGGCUAACGAGAGCAAUGAAAGCUUUUCGAGGUCGGCUACCUCAACAUCGCAGCUUGGAAUACCUGGCCUUUCCGGCGCUAAUUCACCUCCACCUCCCCACCAACAAGAACGCAAUCCAAACGCGCAAGGAUCAGCCGGCCUUCAACCGGCGGCGGCCAAAUCACCACUAGAUGUGCCAUCUGACGGACCUUGCCAGCCUACGCGUUCCAUCUCGCGCCCGCCGCCGGGUAGCUCAUCCGGAGCAAGGCGCAAACACCAAAUACAGGCAACACUGAAGAUGUCACUCGAAGCGGGCAAGAUGCCGCCAUUCUGCGGCAACUGCGGUGAAAUCAAGACCGUGACGUGGCGUAAGAUAUACACGCGAGUAGUGGCUGGCGAGCCGCGAAAAGACCUGCUCGAUUCUCAAGACCCAAAGGAACCAUAUCCCAUUGUCGGCUUCGAGCCGGUCCGUGAUGAAGUAAUGGGCCAUGUGACAGGCCAUCGCAUAUACAAGAAAAUCAUCAGUCCCUACGAGCAGGAGCAUCAGCUGUUUGAGGUCCUUCAACUUUGCAACCCCUGCGGUCUCUGGGUCCCCGCGAAGGGUGGCAUGCGUCCCGAACACCUGUGGGGGCCUGUGGAUGCGGACGAUACGGCUGUGCGCAGGAGAGGGCGAGGCAGGGCUGGCGGGAAGCGCACCGGUGUCAAUCCUCAACCUACCUCAGACAUUGCCGAUGUCGCAAAUUCAGAUUUGCCCGACGAUCAACCCCAAGGAACGGUGGAAAACACAACUAAAGCUUCUUUGAAACGCCCGGCCAAGAGGCCUCGAUCGUCGAGUGUGCAGCCUCAGAGGAAAGCCCAGUCGAAGAAGGCCAGAACAGCAGCGUCCUCGGCAUUGAACCGAGGCAUCCAAUCAAGCCCGGUCGGGCGAGUGCCUGGGAGUGAGGCAAGCCCUAUUGAGAUCAUGUCGCCGGAAAAGAACACCACACGUCUCAUAUUUCCCUCUCCACGGAAAGAUGGCGAAUUUAAAUCACUAGAGGGCGCGCCGUCUGUCACUCCCAGUCCGGCUAAGUCACAGCUACCGCAAGUCACACCCUCUGCUCAACAAACCAGCAAUCCCGAGCCAGACCAGAACAAGGAGAACUGUCCGCCGGCCAUAAACGAACCAGACGAGAUGUCGUACCUUUUCGACGAAGGACUCAUCAACGUGCAAAUGACACCGAAGACCACGCGGGACUACCUCGACCUGAUGAAGACGCCCUCGCGCUCUCCCCUCUCGUCCCGCACCAACGGCUCAUCAGGAUCCAAGUCCGCCACUACAGCUCUAUUCCUGCCCACUACACCAUCUCGGAACGCGAAAUCUCCUGCACAGGCAAUGACGCCGUACACCGCGGCAAUUACUCAGCUGCUCGGCAAAGCCCCGAUGGCAGAUUCGCCCUCGCGCAACUUCGAUUUUGGAUCGCUUCCGGUCGAUGAGUCGGGCGCGCAGUUCGAUUUGGGGAAUUUUGAGUUCGAUGACUUGGGCGGGCUUAUGCCGACAUCCCCGGCUUCGAACUUUUUUGCGCUGUAUGAGGAUCCGGCGACGGCGACUGGAGGGAUGCUUGAAGGGCUGGAGGGCAUAGGCGGGGGUGUGAAGGCGAGUGGGGAGGGUGGACAGGCUGGUGGGGAGAUGGCGGGAAGGGAGUAG